CAGAGACGUUCACGCCCGGGGCAAUCAUGCGUUGCUCGAGCACGCUCGCUCAUGGUCCUUCCGCUCGAUAGUCGCGAAUCAUUUCGCAGAGAGCAGCUGUACCAACUAUGUAGUGCUAGGCGGAAUCAUCUGAAAGGGGAGGAAAGAACAACCAUUUCAGAGCAGCAUUGCAGUGAUAUCUCAUAUGUACACAUCGAUACCGACCAACCAGAGUCUUAAGUCGAGACAUAUGCACCAGAACCGCCUUCUACUUGAGUACAAGUGUCCAAGUCACUGGCUCGUAUGCCCCGUGGCUGUGCCCGUCUGACAGGGGUGACAAUCAGUGGACCGCCGGCAAUUGGCCUACGACGACAAUGAGCGACGAGGUGGUUAUUCCAGGAAGCAAGAAACGGCGGCUACGCGGCUCAUGUGACAUCUGCAAACGGCGCAAAAUCCGAUGCGACAGCGCUGAGAUGCCCGGCGGACGGUGCUCGAACUGCAUAGCGUUCAAUUCGGAGUGCACCCACGACAAUGCUAAACGCAAGACUGUUCCAGGGAAGAACCCCCUGCAAGAGAACGCGGCGCUCAUGAACCGCUCGCCGGAGGAACAUGUCGCGGCGAUCAUCCAGCACACCACCGGCUACAUCAAGGACGAGGAUGUCCGGCGUGUGCUGCUGAAUGUGGCGCACUACGCCCGGGGACUCGAGAGGGACCUCGAGAACCAGGGAGCAUCGCCGAGCAAUCCGUCCUUGACACCGCCACCAGCGGACUUCACCGCAGCUGAGGGCUCGCAGGCCAUCAUCUUGAAGCAAGAGGAGGAGGAACCGUCCGUGGACGGCGUGCUCACCGAACGCUUUGAGCGAUUCACGCUCGACACGGACGCCAAUCGGUAUUUUGGCAAGUCGAGCCACUACCAAUUGAUCGAUACGGCGAUCAACGUUUCCGAGAUGUGCGUGAGAGACAACCCGAAGGCUUCGAACACGCUGCCUCCGGUCAAGCGCUCGCAAUUCUGGGACAGCCAGUGGGAACACGAGGAUAUCUUUCGCGAAGACGAACGACCCCCGCUGCUGUUCCCCGAGCCCGACCUCAUGCACCAGCUCAUCUCCAUCUAUUUUCUCCGCAUCAACACCACGCUGGGCCUGAUACACCGGCCCACCUUCGAGCGGUCCUUCGCCCUGGGGCUCCAUCUCAGCGACUUCCACUUCGGCUCGGUCGUGCUCGCGAUCUGCGCCCUGGCCUCCAAGUACACGGACGACCCCCGCGUGCUGUACCCCGGCGCAGACUCGCUGCUGAGCUCCGGGUGGAUAUAUUUCCGGCAAAUCCGGCCGACGCGCAGCUCCGCGCGGCGGGCGAUCAAUCUGUAUGAAGCGCAAACCAUUUGUUUGUAUGUAAUUUACUCGCAAGGAUCCUCGACGCCCGAAACGUGCUGGGACCUCGCGGGACUCGCGAUCCGCUACGCGCAAGACGUGGGAAUACACCGGCGAAAUAGGUUUGAGGAUAAAUUCCUCGAUGAGCAGUGGAAACGCGUUUUCUGGGUCUUCUUGGCGAUGGACGCUUUGUGCAGUAAUUACUGGGGACGGCCGCGAGCAACGACUAUAUCCGAUUACGACCUAGAUUACCCAGUAGAAUGUGACGACGAUUACUGGGACUCGGAUCCUGGCGCAUCUUUCCAACAACCCCCGGGAAAACUGACCUACAUGUCAUAUGUCAUUGCUUAUGUCAAACUGCUAGAAAUUCUCGGAGAAGCCCAGAACACCAUAUACCUUGUCAAAUCCAAAGCGAAGAGCGCACAGGCCGUCAAGGACACGGUCGCAAAUUUGGAUUCUUCACUGAACAAAUGGGUUGCAAAUGUCCCGGAGCACUUGCGCUGGGAUCCAAAAAUGGAAGACCCUCUGUUCUCUGUCCAGAGUGCGAUCCUGCACAUCUCAUAUUAUCACAUCCAGAUCCAAGUCCACCGCAUUUUCGUGGUCAUCCCUCGGGUGGUCAAGACGAUGUCGAGCGACCAAUGCAAUCGAUUUUCAUGGCACUCGCCUUCUCUCGUCAUCUGCAUCAACGCCGCCCGGGCGUGCGGCCAUAUCGCUGAAAUAGCCGUCAAGAAAGGCAUGGGCGCACAUCCUCACGUGCUGUUUGCGGUCUUCGACAGCUGUGUUCUCCUCCUCAUGGCUCUCUGGGCCGGGAGAAACGUUGGGCUGACGGUCGACUAUGCGAAGAUGAUGCGGGAUGUGGAUAUUUGUCUGAGUGUGCUCAAGACGUUAGAAGAACAAUGGCACUUGGCAGGCCGUGAACGGGACAUCAUCUGCGAACUGAUGAUCGCCGCCAACAUGGACACAAGUUUACUGCGCAAUCUUCCGCGCCCGAUCAACGACAUGCACACCCCUGGCAUGUCCUCCGCAUCGUCCGGUUCGAGCCAGGAAUCCAGUCCGCUCAGUGUUCCGGCCGGGGAGCCGAUGUACCCAGAGCUGGACCUCCCUUUGUACACACAGGAUCUGCAGAAGCCGCCGCUGUAUGAUGCGUUUUCUUGGACUGACUUUAUGGACGCGACGGAGCGCGGCGUGGGCUCGAUGAACGCUGCACCGGCGUUUUUUUCCGGUGGAUAUGAUGCUGGGCUCGCCGAGAUGGAUAUGUUCGCCGGCCCGCCCAGCGGUUCCAACUGGGGAGAUUGGAAUCGAUAUAUCUCGAAUGUCGAGCAGAUGAUGGGUUCGGGACCGGCGUGGAACACGGGCGGGAUGGACCCUUCACAUUUGUAAUGCGGUGGUCACUCGUGGAUCAUGGAACUUGAGAAUUUUUCAAGUGUUUGACAUUACUCACUUUAUGUAUCUUUACUCGAAUCUGUUAUGCAUAUAAAUCUCGC